AUGCAGCUUCUCAACACCAUUAUUGCCCUUGUGGCCGCGUUCACCGCAUAUGUUGAGCAGCAGACGACCGACCUGGUUGUCGCUUUCCGGGAACGGGCCUUCCAACCCGUUUUCCAUAAUUUCCUGGCCAUCGAGCCAUCCACCAUCAUCUCCACCGUAACCUCAACAGUCACCGCAUCUCCGACAGUGUCCUUCACCACAACCGUAUAUCAUGGCGGGUCCAUCGCCGUUGUGGCAACCUCUGCACCUCCUCCACCUCCUGCACCAACCUCGACCACAGUCCCUCAAGUGCAAUAUUGCCUUGCACCACUAGCCUGGGCAAACUGGGAAGAACCUUCGGUCUGCAUGUCAGAACACGCGUUUGAGCGUUUGUCUGCCUUCCUCGCAACGUUGUCGGAGGAACCAACCCUCCAUAUCCCUCAGUUGAUCCUCGCCAGACUGUCAUCCUUCUUUUCUUUGCACUGCGAACGCAUCCGGAUAGCUACUUCUCCGGUUCAGCAAUGGACCUUGGAAACAAUGGCCGCCGUCGUCAAUGACGCCAUUUCCAUUGGGGGGAAAAUCAGAGUCGAAGCUUCAGGGCUCAUUUGUCCGAUGAGAGACUUCCUCGCGUCCUUGACAUUGCCACAAUGGCUCAUCUACUGCUUCCUGUUCGUCACAACCAGCUCCCUUCUCAUCAGCGCUAGCAUCAUAAUUUUGGGAGCAGAACUGAGACGUCGGGACCUACUGCAACGCAUGCAGCGUGAAGAGGAGAAAUCGACCCGCGCCCGUCGCUGGAAUGUUAUUGCGGAAGCACUGGAGUUUUACGAGCAAGGAAAGAUCACCAUAAGUUCGACCAAAGAGGAGGCUCGAAAAUUGUUGGUUGACUACCUCAUCUCUUUCAUAACCUCGGAGAAGCAACCAGAGUUCCCUCCACCAACAAUACAGCAGCGCUGUCCUGAACUCCGGCGUGCGAGGACCUUAUGGACGCUUGCCUGCGGUUUGCGCCACAAGCUAUUCGCUGCCAUGAAGUGGAUGUUCGACGUACAGUGCUUGUUUUUGGUGGAAACCCCUCUCAGAUUUUCAUGGCGUGUCAUCAUCAGACCUCUUGGAGAGGGCGUCGUUUGGCUGUUUGACAUGUAUGUCGAGAAGUUUGUCCUCGGUAUCAUGCCGUUUUGUUUCCUCCUGAUGGUCAACGUCCUGUCCUCCCUGCUUGGCCUAUCGAUGGCAAUGGGUCUUGUCUGCCUCGGGGUUGCCCUUGCAGUCCUUCUCUGCGGCAUCCACGCCGUGUCAUAUGCAAUGCUACCAGUAACUCGCUUUGUUGGAAGACUGCGAACUGAGGUCGUCAACGAGUUGCGCGAGGCUCUGGAAGGCGCCAGAGAGUCCUUGGAAGCAGAAGAGGCUGUCAGAAAAGCACAGAAACACAACUAUACCUUGUCCUUGCUCGCGCGACGCACGCCAGAGACACCUGACCAGCCAAUCGCACAGCCUAACCACUGGUCGGUCCCUUUCAGCAAAAAUACCAGUGUUCCCACACAUCCGUCCCCUCGAUAUGGCGAUCAUUUUACUUCCGACCCAUCAGUCACAACCCCGAUCAUUUCCUUCGGACGCCUUCAACGUCUCCUCUCUCUUGAAACUGAGUACUCCACCAUUUCCGAGAAACUUCAGCAAGUUCCAGGUUUUACAGUGAUCGCCAAGAUUGACUGUCUCCUUCGCUGGCUACCACCACACCCCAUAGUAGGCUUUCGACGACCUGUUAUAUGCGACAAAUGCAGCUCGAAGGAUGCAGUCACGAAGGCACAAGCAUCAGAGAAUGCAUUGGCUGAGACACAGCAGCUUAAGAAGAGAGUCCAAGAGCUUGAAUCUGAACUUGGAAGCCAGAACGAAACGCACGAUUCGGCUGAGGUACAGCAGCUCAAGACUAAAACCCAGGAACUUGAAUCCAGGCUGAGCAGCGAGCAUGAAAAGCACGAUUCAGCCGAGAAGCAACGCGAGACGAAAGUCCAGGAACUGGAGUCCAGACUCAGAAGCCAGAACGAGACGCACGAUUCGGCGGUUAAGCAACACCAGGCCAAAGUCCAAGAGCUUGAAUCCGAGCUCAGAAGUCGGCAAGAGAAGCAUGAAGAAGAGGUCAAGAAGCUGAGACAAGAAGCGCACGCAAACGCAAAGCGAGCUGAGGCAAAGACGCAGGAACUGGAGCAAGUCCAGGCCCAUCUUUCACAGACACAGAAACUCUCCUCCAACGAAACAGCCGUCACCAGUCAAGUGCAGGAGACGAUAAAUCAGCAUUUGGCUGCGGCCGCUGAGAGAGAGGUCACUCUUCGUGCCGAAUGUCAGGCACACAUUGAACUCCUGAUGACUGCUGGCCGAGAAGUCGAGGUCAGCCGUGACCAACAGCAGGCUGAAGUGGAGCGGCUGAUAACUGCUGGUCGGCAAGUUGAGGCGGAGGCCGAAAGCCUCAGAGGCAAGCUGCAGACAGAGAAGAGCGCACAUGCUGCAACCAAGGUCCAACUGGACGCGAUGCGAACGCGGUUGGAACAAACAACGCAAGCGUUGGUGGCAGAGCGACAGUCUGCUGCCCAUAAUGAGGGAGCCAUGGCUGUUGAUGAGCCUGGCCACCUACGGAGCAACCCGUCAGGCAACGGCUCUACUUUUGGAACCGGCUUCAACCAGCCUGCAACCUCCGGCGGCGACGAGGCGUUGCGUGUAUUGAGGGAAACUGCGAGCAACUGGCACAACCAGCAGCAGAGAGCUAGAUCUGGUGCCAUGUCCUCUGCGCAGCCGCCAGCUCAGACGGCCACAUCGAGAGGAACCCAGCCAGCAGCUGGCAGAAAAGUCAACCGCCCCACCGGGUUCACAAUGCUCUGA